AUGUGCUGGAGUUUUGAGAGGCGGCUAUUAUAUAUAACGUUUAAGAUGGAAGGCGAACGCCGCGUUUCGCUUCAACCUGGGACCCGCUUUAACCUGGUCAUCAACGAACGCCGCCUGAUCCUUGACUGUGACGCCAUACAGGGCUGGAACAUUGAGCAAGUUCCCAAUGAGGCGGAGCAGUUCCGCAUCCGGAGCAUCGGAGAUAACUUGAACUUAGCGGUGCGAGUUAACACAGUUGUGGAGCCCAAUGUCAUCCUUGUCCCUCUUGCAGAGGAGGCAACCCAGCGCUGGAGGAUGGUUCCAACCGACGAUGGCAAAUUCCUAUUUGAGAGCGUGGCAGUCCCUGAAGUCUACCUAGUUGGUGAUGAAUCUAUGGAAAUUGCCCGAGGCAAAAUGAGUAUCCGAGUCAUCAAAUUCUCGGGUAUGAUGGAUAGCCCAAUUCCCUCCCGGGCCAAAUGGAACAUUGAGGGCACACAGGUUUCGCUGCGACUUAGACAGUAUAACAUGGUCAGAAACGGGGAAGACGUGAUGAUGAACCGUGCGGCCGGACAGGGCUGGGAAUUUGUGCAAGUUCCCGGUGCAGCGCAAGUGUUCCACAUCCGGAAUAAUGGAGAGAACGUAGCGGUGACCGUUGACACGGUCGACGGGGAGACGGUUGUGGGGCCCGGUGUCAGCCUUGUCGCUGCCGGGGAGGAACCCACUCCCCAAGAGCUCGCCGCCCAGUCCUGGGAGAGGGUUCCAAUUGAUGGCCAAUUCCUUCUUCGAAGCAUGGUAGACCCUGACGUCUACCUAGCUGCUUAUAAUGUUCUCCAGCUUCGUUUCGACGCGGUGUAUAUCGAAGCUAUGAGAAUCUCGAAUGUUAUGUUUAACCCAGACCGUGCCCUGGCCAAAUGGAACAUUGUCGAGGACCCGCUGAAUGGAGGCCUAUUUCACGUUUCGUUCGUACCUAGACCCUUUAACAUGGUCGCUAACGAACCCAGCGUGGUCCUUAACUGUAACGCCACACAGGGCUGGAACUUUGAGCAAGUUCCCAAUGAGGCGGGGCAGUUCCGCAUCCGGAAUAUUGCAGAGAACUUGAACUUAGCUGUGCGCGUUAAUAUGAUCGGCGACAACAUGGCUGUGGGGCCCGGUGUCAUCCUUGUGACUGCCGGAGGGGCACCGACUCCCCUAGAGGAGACAGCCCAGCGCUGGAGGAUGGUUCCAAUUGAUGGGCAGUUCCAACUUCAAAGCGUGGCAGACCCUCAAGUCUACCUCGGUGGUGAAGAAACUAGUCCCGACCUCCCCCCUCAUUCAGGCCAAAUGUGUGUCCGGACCAAGAGUGUCCCGGCCAAAUGGAACAUUGUUGAGGACGCGCAGAAUGGAGGCCUGCGUCACGUUUCGUUCUUACCUAGACCCUUUAACAUGGCCAGCGGAGAAAUGCAGGUCUUGGUUAAACGUAGCGUCGCACAGAACUGCAUCUUUGAGCAUGUAGAUAAUGAAGCGGGAGUGUACCGCAUCAGAUUAGAUGGAUCGCUCCCCAAUAUCGUCACCCUUGACGUAGUCCAAGGUAGCCAGACCGGUGGGAAUGGGUCCCGUAUCAUCCUUUCUCUUCCUGCGCAUCAGCAAGCCGGGGUGGGACGCCAGCGCUGGAGGAUAGUUCCAUUUGAAGGCAAAUCCCUACUUCAAAGCGUGGCAGACCCUACACUCUACCUAGCUGGCCGUUAUUUACCCCACCUCUCCGAGGCUGCUGGAGACAUCAUGGAAGUCGAGGCCGCGCUAAUCCAGAAUAUGGAUAGCCCACAUCUUGUCCGGGCCAAAUGGGACAUUUCGGACCCGCCGCCGCCACCCACGCCGGAGGAGGCUCGGCAGGCUGCGCAGGCUGCGAUGACUGCGGCGGUUGCGGAAGCUGCGGAGGCUAGGGGGGCUGCGGUCGCUGCGGUGGCUGCAGUGGCUCUGGCGGUUGCGGGUGAUCCGAAUGAUGCGGCUGGGACGGCUGCGACGGCUGCGGUGGACGUGGUGGCUGCCAGGGCUUUGGCGACUCUCAAUGCUGCGUGGGGUGCGGCACUUUGGGUGGCUGCGGUGCUUGCGAAUCAGGCUGCUGCGACGAAUGCGGUGGUUGAAAUGGCUACGGCUGUUGAAGAGGCUAUCGAUGCUUCGGGGGCUGCGAUGACUGCGGUGGCUGCAGCGGUUGCGGGUGAUCCGAAUGAUGCGGCUGCGACGGCUGCGACGGCUGCAGUGGCUCGUGCGGCUCAGAGGGUUUUCGAGGUUAGGAUUGCUACGAAUAUUGUGGGGGCUCAGGUGGCUAGGGUGGUUGCGAUUCUUGCGGGAUAG